AUGACAGACAAUAACCCGCAUGUUCUGAAGGAGUAUAACCCAGAUUACGUUCCUGGGACAACCCCAAGUCAAAGACACGGCAAACAUGAAUGUAGUCAAGAGAAAUCUUUAGGAAGUCUGCAGGACACAAGAUCCUUGGAACACAAUUCUCACAAACGGUCAGACUAUAUCUCAGUAGCCAGCGCUCGAAGUAAUGCAAGAUCAGUUACAACAAGUGGUCAGAAAUCUGCUGGGAAAAAGUCCAGGAAGUCGGAUGACCAGGAGGAGAGGGAAAAUAAUCAGAGAUAUGAAGAUUUGUCAAACAAAUGGGACCAAGCGAAGGAAGAAGUUCGACUCGAAGACCAUGAAGUGCUACGAGAGAAGGUAUCCCUGCAACAAGAGUUGAUACGCAAACAAGACGAGUAUGCCCAGCAAAGACGCAAACAACAGUUACAAGCUGAGACGGAGAAACGAGAGUCAGAGCGUGCCAAAAAGCAAGCCAAACAAGAAGAAUUACAACAGAUCUGCAAGCAGUCGCUAGAGGAAGACAAAAAAGCACAACGUGACGGGAAGCAAGCGACAAAGUCGAAGCCAAGAAAUGGAUUGUCAACCUUUUCUACGUCACCAUCCGCUACAUCAUCACCGUCAAAAUCACCGACGACACCGACUACACCUGGUGGUCGCCGUAGCAACCCUUUCAAGAUGACAUUGCCAGCUGUUGCCCCGACCCCAGAUAUUCCAGGCUCUGAUGAUGAGGAGGAUGAGGAACAAAAGGAGUCAACUCCUGUUAAAGCACUUCCAUGGCAUGAGCAGCAGCUUUACAAACUGUAUGGAAAGAAAGCGGACUACUUUCUUCAUCCCAAGAUAGAGAAUAAAACACAAGAGAAGAAAACGAAUCCAAAACUUCGCAGACAAGGAGUGGAUCAGCUGUUCGACAAUUACUGGAAGGAGUACGAAGAUGGUCGAGCAGGUGCCGAAGCUCUUUGGCAGACAUUGAGGUACGACUCCAACCAAAGACUUCUGAAAGAAGAUAACAUUAUCCCAGAAGAAUUAAAGGAAGCGUACGGUUCAUUUGCUCGCCAGUCUCUGAAGAAAAGUCGUAUUCCAGUACGGCGAAUGUUCUGCACAGAGGACGAUCUCCCGGAAAUGCCAAGGCUAUUAGAUAACCGGAGAGUGCAACGAGUUCGAAAGAUGCGGCACAAGUCAGAUUUGAUGUAUCGGGCUUCUGUGUCAAACCAGGACCGGACAGAGGUGCUGACUUUUAACAACCCAUUACCAGAGUUCCAUGAGAGAUGUGAGGGAAUUGACCAGUAUCUUCCAUCUUGGCAAGAUGACUUUUAUUCUGACAGCACAGUAGCAGAUUAUGUUCGAUGGCUGAAAACAAAAGAUCUUGUUGCACAUGAAAACACAAUUCAGGAAGAGGAUGACUAUGAGGGAGAGACAAAACCACUACAGGUCACGCAAUCACUAGAUGAUGAUAUGGUAUACAUGUUGUCAAGGAAACAUAAACCACAACAGAAACAGAAAUAUUUAUUCCUAUCCGAGAAAGAUACAACAGUAAAAGGAACAUUUUCCGAGAAAUACAAGGGUGAGAGAGAAAAUAAAGACAUUCCUCGACCAUACCAGGGUGACGUUCCAAAAUCAUAUUCGGCACUGGGUGGAAUGAUUUCUGCAACGCCAGAUAUUUCAAAACCAAGUUCCAUGUUACGAUAUUCGGCACCUUUACCAACACGCAGCCUGGGAAUAAAUACAUACACAAGCAGCUGGCAACCUCUGAGCAUGCACGCCCUCGUAGAGUACAAGAAACAGGUGUCUACAGUGGGAGAGGGAGAUUUCAACCUGGGACGUACAAAGAUGUGGUCGCAUAUUCCAGUUGUGUAGACUGCUAAAAAGAAGAUGAAUUAUUUUUUCAAUGUAAAACUGUUUUAAUACGAUUAAAUGUAUAUACAUUUACAUUGGUUUAGGGCCGAGUUGACCUAGUUUGGUUAGCACUUCAAGGACGCAUAGAUAAACAGCUAGUGCAUGGGAAGUUCAAAUGUCAAAAACAGUGCUACCCUUUAUUCAUGUCUUUAUACAAGCUGGCGAACUCAUGGUUAUACUGAAAGAAUUUUUUUUUUCAUGUUUUGUAGUUGCGGAUAGUUUGUAAGUUUUGCUUAUAUAUUAAACAUUUCCUCAUUGUUUUAAACAUUUUUCAAAAAUAUAUUCUAUGGCAUGGUUUUUGAGCAUGCUAUGCAUGUGCAUAACAAAUAUUUGAACUAGUAAAAGCUGUGGCAGACAUCCCUGAAUGUUCAAUAUGUAUUAUAAUAGCAAAUUACUUAAAACAACCUCAUCAUGUGCAUGUAAAUUUUUGAAAUCUGGCAAUACCUAUGAUACAGCUUUGGCUAUUAAGACAACACAAUUUUAGUUUUGUACCAGUAUUUAGUUAUGUUACUGUUAAGUUUUAUUUGUGAUAAACAUUGUCAGAUGGAUGAAAAUGUUGUCCGUUAACCAAUAGAAAAAACAUUGUCCAAUAGAAGAAAACAAUCUGUUUUUUAUCGUAAAACAUCGAUUAAUUCUUAUUUCAUUGUAAUUUACUGUUUUGUAACAACUGUUAAUCAAUUUUAUGUCAUUGUACCUGUCGAGAAGUUUAUAAUUUGUUUUUGUUGUUGUUUUGCUUAAUCUUUAUAAAGGCCAAAGAGUAAAUAUUUGUUUCAUGUCUACAAAUCAGUUUGAUAAAAAACAAUACAGUAGAUUUCAAAUAUUUGAAUAACCUGUUGUUAAGAAAGUGUAGAUGAUAAUUCUUUCUUUGGCAGAAUCAUACCUAUUUACAAACAGGUCCUAAAUUUUUAGAGCUGGUUAAAGUUUUACAAUCUUAUUCUUUGAAAAGUUAUUUUUGAUUCUUUAUUCUGACUAUCAGUGUAGGAAGAUUUGGAAAACUUCUUAAUUUUUGUUGUAGAAAAUAUUCAACUUUUUGACUUGUUGAGAUUAAGUAUUCAUUAAAAAUUUAUGCUUUAAAAAAAAAUGAAAAAAAUGGUGAGAAGAAGUAAUUCUGGGUAAAGCAAGGUUCUUUAAAGACAGUCUAAUUUAUCAUUACAUGGAAGGGAGACUACUGCGUUAAUGACGUCAAUGGAAGGGAGACUACUGCGUUAAUCAUGUCAAAAUAAUAUUACCUGUCUGUGAUAAAAAAAUUCAGCUUGUCCUAAAUUAUAUUUGUUAUACAUGUAUCUAUAUAUUUGUACUGUAGGAAUAUAUUUAGUGAAUUACCGGUAUAGCUUUAUUUUUGCUUUAUAUGUAUUGUUGCAUUUUUUACACAAAUUCCUAUUUUUACAUUACCUGUUGUAUAUUUCUGCUGUCUGUUUUUUCGUCUUUCCCUGCCUGCCAACUAUUGUGCUAGUUUUGUUUGUUUACAUCUGUACUUAUUUAUGCAAUAGAAAAUUGUGUAAAUUUUUGUAAUGAUAAACAUUUACUUUUUCUUGUGUAAGCCUGCCUUGUCAGCUCUCUCAGUAGAUUACAAGACUGAAUCAAGAGGUUGCAAGUUUAAUCUCCUGUUAAAAGAAAUGUUCUCUUUGACAAAUUGACAGAAGGCAAUAUAGAAAAAUACUGAUGGCUUGGCAUCACAAGGGGAUUAGCAAAAAAAAAUAAAGUCAAGUGAGCCCUUGUACCCGAGCCAGUGUUAUUCAAGCUUGCAGUGUUUCACUGUAUGUCUGAACUUGUUUAUCCUCCACUUCCAAUUAAUGUGGGGCAGUUGUUUGUAACUUGCAGAGAGCAAACCAGACAAGAAAACUGGUUAUAUUAACUGAACGCCAUCACAAAAAAACAAAACAGUGUUAACUAUAUACAAAUCACAAUCGUUUUUGUCAGUACAAAGAAUCUGAUUCCCUUUUCGUGUUAAAUUUUUCACCUUUUGUUACCAGUUCAGACAAUAUAUUACAAUAGAUGAGGAAAUAUAAUGUGAUUUUCAAGCAGUUUUUUGUAUAUCUUUUUUGUCAGACCUUUGGACUUUUCACAUAUGAAGGAAUUUGAUUUCAGUUUAUCAUUUAUAAAGUAAGAUAAUUUCUGCCUUGAUCUUAGUUAAGAUUUCUGUGCUUCACCUGUUUGUUGCUUUAUUUUUAGUAUGAUUUUAUGAUAUGUUAAUGAUGUUUAUGAUGUAUUGUCAUAUUGAAAUACACUUGCAAUAACCAGGGUUGGAAGCAGUCUAUGUGCUUCUUCGUUUAUAUGCAUUUAGUCCUCUUUUGCACUCAAUCCUCGAAUUACGACUAAUCUGGGGAAAAGAAGCAUUGUAUUUAGGUUGUGCACUGCUAAUUCAAAAUAUUGAGAUGGAGAUUUAUAUUGUACAAUCAUUAUUAUCUAUGGAGGGCUAAUUUUUGAUGAUCUUUGUGGUUUCUUCAAUUUACAAAAUUGUAAUAAAGAAUCAGGAUGCCAAUUAUUUUCUCUUUCAAAUUUGAAUAUUCAAAUUCCCACAAAACAGCUUUUUUGGUCCAGACCAGGAAAUUUGGUGGCAAUGAAAGUUCACAGUACAUCUGAUUAAAUUAUUGGCUAAGGUUUGUUUUUUGCUUCUAUAAAAAGGUUAUAUCCUGGUUAUUAUUAUAAUGAAGAAUACUUUUGAUAAACAUCUAUUUAUAUUUUCAAAAAUUGUAUAAUAUUGAUUGUUAUACCAUUGCAUUUGAAAAAAAUGAUUUGGAUUGUAAAAACUUCCUUAUUGGCUUAUGUCUUGUUAACUGUCAAUAUUUAAUUGCCAGUUAAUUGGUUUUGUGUUUAUUUAUGAAAUUUAUAAAGGAUAUAUGAAAUAUUUUAUGUAGAUCGUCAGUGAUGGAUGUCAAAUGUUGACCAUUUAGUUGCCGUCUGUUACAUAACUGAAAUACUGGUAUUCUAAGUGUCCAUGUCUAAAGUCUGGAAAAAAAAGAAGCGUUAUGACAUUCACAUGUAACAUCAUAGUUUUUUUAAGUAUAAAGAAAACUAAAUUUGACAUAAAAAUUCAGUGCUUGUGUGACAUGGGACGUUCAGUACUUUUGAGAUUACAAAGUCUGUUUCAUGUGACACUAGAUUUUAAAUGGUCAAUAUUUGACAAGAAUAGUCGAGUUAUGAUUCCGUCCAUAUCACAUGACUUGUGAUACUUGUCACUGAUUGGUUGGUGCUAUGGUAACUAACCACCGCUGUAUGUAACCAUGGUAACUACAUGUUUUCUUCACACUUGUUGCCGCCAAAUCUGUGAUAAAAUAAACUCUUUCCAAUAUU